AUCAGGUUGGCUGGGCUUGUGUGUCUGUGUGUAUAUGAAAGAGAGAGAUACCCCGCAGAGCUGUCCCUUUACCCUGUCUCCAGGCGCUGGCUCAGUCUCUCGCCAGGAAACUUUGAGGACGACUCUCCCUUUACUUCUCUCUCUCUGUUGGAGUUUCUUUCGGAACUGGCCAUGGCAAAACGCAGUUCCUUAUUCCUGAGGAUCGUUGAAGGAAAGAACCUACCGGCUAAAGACCUGACAGGAAGCAGUGAUCCAUACUGCAUUGUACGAAUUGACAAUGAGACAAUUAUCAGGACUGCAACAAUAUGGAAGACACUGUCUCCAUUCUGGGGAGAAGAAUACAAUGUCCAUCUUCCCAGUACCUUCCACUCCAUUUCCUUCUAUGUGAUGGAUGAGGAUGCAAUCAGCCGCGAUGAUGUCAUUGGAAAAGUCGCUAUCGCGAAGGACAUUCUUACUGCCAACCCUAAAGGUGUAGAUAGCUGGAUGUGCCUGAGUGAAAUUGACCCAGAUGAGGAGGUCCAAGGGGAGAUCCACCUUCGGAUCGAGGUCUGCGGAGAGAGCUCAAUGCGAAAGCUGCGUUGCCAUGUGUUUGAAGCAAGGGACCUGGCUCGAAAAGAUCUAAAUGGAGCAUCGGAUCCCUUUGUCAGAGUGCAAUACAAUGGAAAAACCCAAGAGAGCUCUGUUGUGAAGAAGUCCUGUUACCCCCGCUGGAAUGAAGUAUUUGAGUUUGUCCUGGAUGACACAGGGGCAGAGAACACACUGCAUGUGGAGGUGUGGGACUGGGACUUGGUCAGCAAAAAUGAUUUCCUGGGAAAGGUGGCAUUCAACAUUAACAAGCUUCUGACGAUUCAGCAAAAAGAAGGCUGGUUCCUGCUGCUCCCUGAUAAAGCACGGAGGAGGGAGACUGAGGAAAAUCUAGGGUCACUGAGGCUGCAACUGCGAUUACGAGAUGAGAGUGUUCUCCCUUCCAGUUACUACCAGCCCCUCAUGGAACUGCUCCUGCAGUCAGUCAAAACAACCAACAAUGGUGAAAAGGGGAAUCUGUUGGCCCUGAUCGAUGAGGUCACCACUGCUGAAAACAGACAAGAGGUCGCAACCAAUUUGGUGAAACUUUUCCUGGGACAAGGGCUGGCCAAAGAGUUCUUAGACUUCGUCAUGAAUUUGGAACUGGAUAGAACAACGGAACCAAACACUUUGUUCCGCAAUAAUUCGCUAGCUUCCAAAUCCAUGGAAUGCUUUUUAAAGGUAGCUGGGAUGCAAUAUUUACACAACAUCCUUGGACCGACCAUCAGCCGGGUGUUUGAAGAGAGGAAGUAUGUGGAGCUGGAUCCAAAUAAAGUGGAAUUCAGGGAAGCAGGUUGUUCAGGUCUCCAUCGGUGCCACACUGAGGCAGAUAUCAUUCAGCAGAGUGCACAGUGUCUACAGUCCUACCUGACAGAGUUAAUUGAAGCCAUUGUGAAUUCAGUGGAGCAGUGUCCUUCCUUGAUCAGAGCCACCUUCAAACAGCUCUUUAGAAGUGUGGAGAAGAGAUUCCCUCAGGAUCUCUACAGGAACAUCAAGUAUAUCGCAGUUACCAGCUUUCUGUGUUUGCGGUUCUUCUCACCAGCCAUUAUGUCUCCCAAACUUUUCUACCUACGUCCAAAGCAUGCAGAUGCACGGACCAGCAGAACAUUGCUGCUCCUCGCCAAGGCAAUCCAAAGCAUUGGCAACAUGGAUACCAACUUAGCUCGGGAGAAGGAAAUUUGGAUGGCACCACUGCAGCCCCUUAUUCUCCAAGGAGUCACACUGUUUAAAGAUUUCAUUGUCAAGCUAAUUGACUUUGAGGAGGAAGAAGAGUUGGAAUCCCAGAAACGAGUGACACUGCAGACAACAUCCACCAUUAAGGAAGGAUAUUUAUUGAUGCACCGAGCCAAGGAGCGGGGGAUCCUAACAUCAUCACAUUUCAAAAAACAUUACUUCUGCUUAAACUAUGAGGCACUGUGUCAUUCUAAAAUGUCCAAUGCAAAGACCAGUGCCUGCAUUCCACUGUCCAAGAUCAGAGCAAUUGAGAAAGUUGACGAGAAGUGUUUCGGUAGCGCAUACGUUAUGCAGAUCAUUUCGACUGAUGGCAGGGGACAAUUUGAAAUCAUGUAUUUGCAGUGUAAGAAUGUGAAUGAACUGAACCAGUGGCUGUCUUCAUUGAGGAAGCACUGUGUUAGCAACGAGCAAAUGCUGAACUCAUACCAUCCUGGAGUGUUUAAAGGGGAGAAGUGGAGCUGCUGCCACCAAAAGGAGAAAGCUGCUCCAGGAUGUGACAAGACUCAUUUUGGAGUGACCCUUCAGGAGUGGAAUGAUCCACUUAAUCCUGAUCUCGAAUCCCAUCUGAUCUAUAGGCAGCUGCUGUCAGCCCGGGAUUCAUUAAUGGAAAAGUAUCUGGAAUACAAAGUGAAGAACAAUGUCACUGGUCCAGGGAGUACUGAUGAAGGGAUUCAUAACGCAGACGUUCCAAACCAACUGCUCCAAAUCAUCCAGGAUCUCGAGAGGGCUCAUCGGAACUUCGAACGCUGGGAAACAUCAAAGGACAAAAACUUCUCUCUCGAUUUGCUGACAUAACUUCAUGAGAAAGUGUAAAUGUUUCACCGGAAUGUUUAAUUUCAAACUCUAUUUUUUAUCAACUAAUUUACAUUAGUGCCGAUAUCUCCUUGCAUCCUCCUUUGGCCCAGAGAUUCCUCUUUGUUUUGAAUUAUGCAAGACAUAGUCCAUGGCAAAAAAGAAUGUAAAUAUGUAUUUCCUGUAAUUAAUCGUUUGAAUGGAUUGUAUAUGUAUUUGCGUCUUGUAACGCGCUGACAGAUUGGGAUCAUGGACAUCAGUCAAUCCUGCUGCAAUCUGUAGAGAGACCAACUCCUGCAGAUUGAAACCUCUCACAGGCCAGUACCUUACAACUUGUAGGAUGGUGUGUUCCUGUUGUAUUCAGGGACAGCAACCAGACGAGAAAAGUAACAUCAAACAAACAGUGCAUGCUUCAUCCUGAUACAGAAUAUCAACAAGCAGAGUGUGACUGGACAUAUCCUAGGCUUGGGCUUACCCCCCUCCCAUGUUUAGAUUUCUUUAUUUGCACUCUGAAGGCUCCCUGUGACACAAUGAAAUGAAGGGCAGACAAACAGGGCUCCUCCUUCAGACACCCCUCUGCUCAGAAACCCUGGCCACAGGGAGCCCAUCCCUCUUGGAAUCUGCUGCCCCCUCCUGGGGACAGAGGGUCGCUUGUCUCUGGGAAUUGUGGGUGGAGACAGAAUGAAUAUCCAGCAGGAGGAGUUAAUACCCAUAGAAGCGUUAGAGGCCAUGUUUGGGCUGGCGGGAGGGACAAACCUUUGGAGAAUUAAUGAUAUUAGUUAGUUAUACAAAUGUUAUACGGACUGUCAUACUCUAUCGUAUCCAGCUUCCUUCCAUUCUCUUCAGUAUCCUACAGUAUUCAGCACUCUCUUCAAUCCUGUACAUAACCUACCAGUCUGCUAGGAUGCACUGGUAGUGUUCCUGCCUCUAAGCCAGGAGGCCCUACAUUCAAGUCCCACUUGCUCCCUGAGGUAUGUAAUGACGUCACCGGGCAGGUUGAUUAGAAUUUUGUAAAGAUUUUACAGUCCUGGCUCUCACCUCUCGUCGAUAUACACAUUAUUAUGUAAUGAGCACAAUCAUCAUGAAUGUUCCAGCAUGUGUAGUGUUCUCACAGUGCCAGUAUAUUGUAUGUAGGUUACACUUGCCAUUAAAAUGUUACCCUAAAUAAAUUCUCCUCUCAGAGAUAGUGUUAUACAUUCCCAAUUUGUAUUCAUACAACAAAGGACAGUAUCAUAUUUUCUUAACUGCUUGUGUAUCCUGGAAAGAGUGGGGUGUGUCCUACAAUACCCUGAUGUUUGAGGAGCCAUUAAUUCUGACUGCUCCCCUGUUUAGCACUUUUCCAUCUGUUACUGUUCUCUAUUCUCUACAGUGCCAUGUGGUGUCCCCUACAAUAAAUAACCAAAGUCCAGCAAUAUUCACUGAAGGUGCAUCAUACUUUUGUUUUAAAUCUUCAUACUUCUGUUUAUGUUUGUGUAAUUAUUCACAAAAUGAUGUGUUCUUCAGGACCCCAAAUCUGUCACUGCGACCUGAUCAAACCCAAACACUGAGAUCACGGUAGACCUUUCAAGUGCAUUACCGUGCUCUAUGGAAUUGUUCUGUGCCUUUUGGUCAUCCUAGUAUUUGAUUAUGUUCUACAAAAUACAACAAUAACUGGCUCUCCUUUUCAAUACCCAAGUGUUGAUGUUAGAAUUGGCUGUUCCACUGAAGAUAAAUGCACAACUAUUGGUAACAGCAGACUGGGACAUUAGUAUCUAACAUUACUGAAUGUGCCAAUGACCCCGAAACACCCUGAGCAUUUGUUUUGUGGAAUUGGCAUGAAAUUUGUGUGAAUGAACGCUCCCAAAAAAUGGAUACAUGCAAACAGUGAGCUCUUAGUGAGAGAUCCAGAUGACUUGUAAGAUAAAAGAUACACGCGGUACUCUCAAACAAAUUACAAACUGCUGACAAUCUUUAAUCUACUAUGUCCUUUUACACAUUAAAGUGAUUUGAGUUCACUGUGUUCCCCUUGCAGAUUGUUUGUGUUCUGCCUGUAUUGUUCUCACGAGGACAAUCCGUGAGGAGUUCCAGCAGCAGGAAGUGGUGGAGGCUGGUAUAAUUGCAACAUUUAAGAGAAAUUUGGAAGGGUAUAUGAAUAGGAAGGGUUUGGAAUGGAGAUCCUUGUACUCACCCCCUAUACACGUUGCCAUACUCCCAACGUACUCGAGAUGAUGGUUAUGCAGCAUAUAUAGGAGAGAGUGGGUUGGGGGUCUUCAUGUGGUGAGUCACCUCUGCUGAAGACUGUGUAGGUCAGACCUUCAGAAGCAAAUGUCUGCCAAAAGUGUGACACAUGAAGCUGCCAUGAGGCAUUGUGGGCUGUUUUCUGUGUAGGUGUCUGUUAUCAGGCUGGUGUAGCCACUGAUCAGUGUGGGAGAGGUGUCACCAUUUCCCUGUUUCACCAGCUAGGGACUCCCAGUUGUAUCCACCUUGGGGAGGAACAGCACUCUCUCUGGGAUAGAAUGCUGAGACCAUUGUACCCCAGAGAUAGAUUCUAUGGGUACUGGGUAAAGAAUUCCCUAUUGCAGUGUAAAAUCGGACAGCGAUCAUUUUGAGAAUAUGGACAUUUGCUGGGGUAUCUGUAAUGUACAGCUUUUACUAUACAAUAAAUUUAUUGCCCAGUUUGGAGACACUGCUGCAGGCACUGAAUGGGAUCUUUAUACAGUGGCUUUCCUAAAUGGCAGAUGCUGAGGAAGUGGUCUGAACGGCUUUGAGACAUGAACAAUUAAACUCUCUCUUGACUGGUACUUUGUUGGAUCAAAUGCCAUAUCAAUCAUCCCACAGCAUCGAUUGAUGACAAUAUCAUUGAUAUGUAUGAGUCUAUUUACACUUAUUUCUAUUAAAUGUAAGAUAUUGUUCUAGAUGCAUGUAAAUUUCUCUUUUAUAACCUGUUUAAA